UCGAUUCCAUCGUGCACCCGCCAUUUCGCGAGACGGCGGUAAUGGCGAGCGAGGAGGUCGCGGUGGCGGUGAGUGAGACGAAGCGAAUCGGCGACCUUCGCGUCGUGGACCUCAAGUCCGAGUUAAAGAAGAGGAACUUGGACGUAAGCGGCGUGAAGAGCGUGCUGGUGGACCGGCUCAGGAAGGCGGUGGAGGAGGAGGGUGGAAACCCUGAGGCGCUGCAAAUCCCUGUGGAGGUGUCGCUGAAAAAGCCACAUAAGAGGACUCCUAAAAACAAAAAGUCUGACGAAGAAGGGUCUGUCGAAGAUGCCAAUGACACAAAUGAGGAUACAGAGAUGGCGGCCGACAACAGCACCGACUGGGAUGCACAGGAGGAAGGCGACGAGGAGGCUGGCAAAGUUGAAACCAACAUGACUGACAGCGAGGACAAGGUCAUUAGCGCUGACGAAGUAGAAAUGAUGGAAAUGGAGAAUGCUGCAGAGCAAGCAGCUAAUAGUGAGAGGGCAGAGGCGAUGGUGGAGGACUCCUUAGAUGUGGAGGUGUCAGCUGAAAAUUCGGCCCUUGAAGAAGAUAAAGAUGAAGUCACUGAUGGAGAUAUGACGCUGACUGAUGCUACAUCAGACAAGGAGAAUGUAGAGGGGUUGUGUGAGGGAGGGUUAAGCUCCCUUCCGGCUGGGGAAGGUGAGGUCUCUGCGCAAGACGUCCUGGAUAUGAACGCCCCUCGCCCCGAAGCGGAAGAGGACAACAUCUCGGUCACGGUGCAGGCCGAAGACGCCCUCACACUUGACGUGGACGGGGACCUGCUGCUCGAAGCACCGAAAAAGGAUUCUGUGGGUGCCCACGGCUCAUCAGGGAAAGGGGCAGCCUCUACAAAAAGCACCAACAGCGGAAGUUCCAGUGGCUCCACCAAAGCUACCGACGGUGCGACCUCAAAGCAGGAGGGGCACGAGUCGGCGGAGAAGGCGGCCAAGGAGGGAGCUGCCGCUAACGGGAAGAAGGAGGAGGGAGCGUCCUCCGACGCCAGCAAGUCGGACGGCAAGGAGGACGGCAAGAAGCCUGGCAGCACUCCUGACAAAUCAAAGGAGGCAGCAAAGAAGGGUGCUUCCUCAUCAGGCACUAGUGAUCAAGCCAAGAGCUCUUCCAAGGAUGGCAAGGGAGCAAGCAAAGAGGACAAAGGCCGAAGCGGUGCGUCAGGAGGCAGUGGUGGUGGCAACAGUGGUAGUGUCUCCGGCAAGAACCUGUGGGUGAGCAGCCUGUCUUCAUCGACCAAGGCCACGGAUCUCAAGAAUGCCUUCAGCAAGUAUGGCAAGGUUAUUGGCGCCAAGAUUGUGACGAAUGCACGCAGUCCGGGGGCCCGUUGCUACGGGUUUGUCACGAUGGCCACCGUGGAGGAAGCCACCAAGUGCAUCAGCCACCUCCAUCGCACAGAGCUGCACGGGCGCAUGAUUUCUGUGGAGCGGGCAAAGAAUGAUCCGGCCAGCAAGAAAGCGAGUGACAAGAAAGAGGUUGAGAUAAAGAAGGCUGGAAAAGCAAGUUCUUCUGGCGAUCGAAAAUCCACUGAGACCAAACCCCACCAGUCUUCCAGCACGGGCAAGAAGGAGGAAAAGAAGGAUGACAAGAAAGUUGUUGAGAAGAAAGACACCAAGGAGAGCAGCUCGAGCUCUUCGGCCAAGAAACCAGAGGAGAAGAAAGAUGACAAGGAUGGAAAGGAGGAAAAGGAAGAUCAAAAAUCCAGCAGCAGCACCAAAAAGCCAGACGACAAAAAAGGUGGAAAGAUCGCCGACCGAACUGUGGUGAUGGAUAAAUCAAAAGGCGAGCCUGUGGUGUGCGUGAAGACCACAAGCAAGGACAAGGAAAAGGACAAGAAGUCCACAACCAAGUCUGAUGACAAGAAGAGCAGCAGCAAUGUAAAGGCCGACCCCAAGAGCUCCACCAAGUCGGACGUGCUGUCCUUCGAGAAAAUCCGCGAGGAGAGGGAGCGUGAACGGAAACGACAGAACGAGAGGGAUGCCCGGGAGAAAAUCAGGGAGCGACAGAAGGAACUGAAGGAGCUCAAAGAGCUGAAGGAACGUCAGGAGAUGAAACGCAUUCGCGUGCUGCGGGAGCGCGAGGAACGGGAGCAGCUGCAGCGCGAGCGUGAGCGCCUACAGAUGGAGCGCCUCCGGUUGGAGAAGGAGCGCCAGGAACGCGAGCGCCUCGAGCGACAGCGCGUGCGCAUCGAGCAGGAGCGCUGCAAGGAGCAGGAGCGCAUUGCUCGAAUGCGUGAGGAGCUCCGGCGCCAGCAAGAGAAAUUGCGCUUGGAGCAGGAGCGGCGCGCAUCGCUCAAGCGCACGUACGACGUCGAUAACAGGCGUGACGAUUCUUACUGGGGUGAACCCAAGCGCCUGGCUUUGGACAGCGACGCGCGCUACGGGCAGAGCCUCUUGCAACGCGGGGACACGACGGCCAACCGCUUCAACGACUACGACCACCGCGAGCGCGGAAAGUUCCCCGACCAGCGGCUCUUGCCUGCCAUCGGGAUAGAAAGGCGCCUGGAGCCGUACGACCGCCGGCCCGACUAUCAGUCUGGCCGCAGCCGCGACGAUGGUGCCAUAUUCACGCCGAGCCGUCUGAACGGGCCCCAGGCGGGGCGGCGUGAUGACGUUCGGGAGACGCGCGACCGCGACGAUCGCCGUAUGGACAUACCACGGGACCGGCCGGCGCUGGGAAAACCCCGUGACGUUGCGGCACGCGGCCACAGCCCUCGGCGCGACUCCCCCCGCCGUGGGACCACCCGCGACGACUGGAAGUCCGAGCGCACGGUCAUAGCUGACCGCAGGGACGUCAUGCGUGACACGCGCGACGCCGACCGGGUACGGCUGGAUCGCGGUCGCGAGCCGGAUGGACACGUGCGCAGCCUUCUCCCCAGUGGAGCCGGCAGCUCUUCCUACGGGGGCCGCGAGCCCAUGCGCAGCGGUGGCGGCGUCAUCGGCGAACGAGGGAACCUGCCGCACUUUGGAGAGGACCGGCGCAACGUGUUGGAGCGCACGAGCCGCGACACUUGGACCUCCAGCCUCUCCCAGCCCAGCGGCUACGGGCAGGAUAUCCAGCGCCUGGGAAGUGACUCGCGUUCCACAGGAUUCCUGUCGCAGCAGACCAGGGACAGUCGAGACUGGGGCGUGGGGGACCACGGCCGUAAGAUGGACAGCCACUCGGACAGGACAUGGCAAGUUAAAGGAGAUGGCAGGACCCUUGGACAGUCGAUUCAAACACACGUCAUGCCCCGAGGACCUUCGAGCGGGAGCUACUUGACGAGCAGCGGCCAGCAGGGCUCGGCCAACCUCCUUGGCCGGACGGUGCAGUUGGCCACCAGCCUGGCAGCGGCAGGGGGUGGCUUCAGUAGCACCGACAGGUUGCACCGGCCCAGUGGGGACUUGCGCUUUGAUCCGUACAAGAGCGGGACUGUCAGGCGCUACUGACAGACCAGCCAACGUUGUACUGUAUUUCUAGAUCCUACUAAUUUGUACAUUCAUUGAUGAGAAUUUGGACAUUUUUCAUUUGUUAUUUGCAGUGUGGACAUGCCAAUUGUGCGUUGGAUUCCUUUCCCUAGAGAUAGUGCUUUUAAUAUUCGCUGCUUAUGCAUUUUAAGUUUUGGUACAAAGCUUUGUAAUUCAUAUUCUUUUGGUCUUUCGGUGAAGUCACGUAGAUAGAAAAAUAUAUAAAUAUCACGACGUUUCGAUCGCAACACAAGCAAUCGUCAUCAAGUGAAAACAUAUAGCGGGAUAUCUGCUGAGGCAGGAUGUUAUAUAGGUUUGAGAUGGGUGUAGCCCAGGGUAAGUGGGUGGGGCUAGAGAUUAAAUUUGCGUGUAAAUGUAAGAUCGGAGAGCUGAUAUACCUCCACGACGACUAAGCUGUGGAGGUGGCCAUUGUAUUGAGAGAUUAGCAUGUCAAUGUAAGAGAACCACCGCAACGGUGGCUGUGUUAGACAUUUAGCCUGUUAAUGUAAAGACAUUUAACCUGGUAAUGUAACUAGUGAGUCGAAAUAACUGCUAACAUCGGCAGGUAGGAUGGAAACAUCACAUCCAGUUAUGACUUAAACUGGUGACUAACGUCCUUCCAAUGAUUGCUCAGUUUGUACCCAUCUUCUCGGUUUAAAUUGUCUGUUUAUAUAUCUGAAUGGCUUCAUGAACGAAUCUUUUGUCAAUUGCCAGUGGUUUGGCAGAGCACCUUCGUCUUGGCAAAAUAUAUUUCGUGUGCCACAGCGUUAAAACAAUGAUCAGCCACUGCCGAGGUAUUGGUCCUACCGUGUUUGAGAUUUGCCUUAUGUUCACGAACACGGUCCGAGACGUGUCGCUUAGUUAUUUUUUUUAUCUACGUGGCUUUACCGAAAGACCCAAAGAAUAUUAAUUCCUGCAGUCACACAAGCUUUAAGUCAAGACUUUGUAAUUCAGUUUGAGUGCAAUGUAAUUCAGGUGUUCCUUAAAUUAACUUUCUGUAAUUGCAUUGGCUUGAUCAUUACACAUAAAUUGUACAGCCAUACACAACUCAUUAACCACAAUUAAACCAAGCUUUUUUCUUCAUUCUAGCAUACACAUGUAACGUUGCUAGUUGUACAAUCAUUCAAAUAAACAUUGAGACUUUUGUUUA